CGGCAGGUGCUUGAGGACUCCGGCCCCGCCGGGCCCGGCAAUGGAGUUUCCGGACCUCGGGGCUCACUGUUCCGAGCCAAGCUGUCAGCGCUUGGAUUUCCUGCCGCUCAAGUGUGAUGCCUGCUCAGGCAUCUUCUGUGCAGACCAUGUGGCCUACGCCCAGCACCACUGUGGCUCCGCUUACCAGAAGGAUAUUCAGGUCCCCGUGUGCCCCCUCUGUAAUGUCCCGGUGCCUGUGGCCAGAGGGGAGCCCCCAGACCGCGCUGUGGGGGAGCACAUUGACAGGGACUGUCGCUCUGAUCCAGCACAGCAGAAACGGAAGAUUUUCACCAAUAAAUGCGAGCGGCCUGGCUGCCGGCAGCGCGAGAUGAUGAAACUCACCUGUGAACGCUGUGGUCGUAAUUUCUGCAUCAAGCACCGACACCCACUGGACCAUGACUGCUCCGGGCAGAGCCAUCCGACCAGCCGGGCGGGACUGGCUGCCAUCUCCAGAGCACAGAGCCUGGCCGCUUCUGCUGCCAGUGCCGUCUCCAGCCCCAGCAGGACCUUGCCUUCCUCUACACCCAGCAGAGCUACAACGACUCAGUCUCCAUCCAGGGCGGUCCCUCCCCCAGUGAUCACUUUGCAGAAUGGCUUGACCGAGGAUGAAGCCUUACAGCAGGCCUUGGCCUUGUCCCUGGCAGAGGCCAAACCCCAGGUGCCCAGUUCUCAGGAGGAAGAAGACUUGGCGCUAGCACAAGCACUGUCAGCCAGCGAAGCUGAAUACCAGCAGCAGCAGGCGCAGAGCCGCAGCUUGAAGCCAUCCAACUGCAGCCUGUGCUAGGGCCUUGGGCUUGGGGAGGGAGGCUCGCCUGAGGAGGACUGUGACCCUCACACCUCUAGGGUCCACAGAGAGAGGACAAGGCCCAGAGCGGCCUGGAGCACACGGAGAAGCAAGAGUGAUGUGGAGGCCUCCACCUGGGGGGCACGAGGAGGAGCUGGUCCAGCUGAGCCUGUGGAGGGCCCUGCCAGCUCUCUGGAGGUGUGGGGGGGAUGGACAGCGUGCAAAGAAGCAUUCCCUGGUUGAGGUGGCAGUGGGUGCUGAGAGGUGUUGCUCUGGGCACCCCCCACCCCACUGAAUGUUAUCCCCCUAACCCUGAGGCUUCCCCCAUGUGUAGCGGGCAGGGAAGAGUCCGCAACAAAUAAAGAAUGUGGCAUUCCA